AUGCGUGCCUUCAUUGUUUUAUGCUUAGUGGCUGUGGCAUGUGCCGAUAAAUUGGGUUAUAACUACCAACCCGUUGGACACUCCAGCAGUGGAUUGUCUUUUGCCCCAGGUGCUGUGGGAGGUGGUAGCGGAAGUUUAAGUGGUCCAUCCUUUUCUGCUCCUGCUGGUAGCCCCAGCCAUAAUGCUCCUGCCUACUCUGCUCCCGCAGCUGAAUUAGAAAAGGAAUUCUACACAUUCUCCGCACCUGAAGGUGAAUUCAGUGAUCCCAAUGCUGCUCAACGUGUUGCCGGUAGCUUGAAACAAGGUCUUCGUGUUAUCUUCAUCAAGGGACCCGAAAACAGCGGUGUGGAAGAUGCAGCUUUGGCUUUGGCCAAACAAGCUGCCCAACAACAAACUGCCAUCUAUGUCCUCAACAAGCAGGCGGAUCUCGGUGAUUUGGCCAAUAAACUUAACAACCUCGGCGCCAACAACAAUCAAAAACCCGAAGUUCAUUUUGUCAAAUACCGUACCCCUGAAGAUGCUGCAAAUGCCCAACGUGCCAUCCAAAGCCAAUACGAUUCAUUGGGCGGUAAAUCGCAAAACUUCAAUGGCGGUGUUGCUCCCGUUCUUAACUUUGCUUCUCAGUCAGCUUUACCGGCUGCCACAGCUCAAGUUCCCCAGAAUGCCUACUUGCCCUCAUCCGUUUUCCGUCGCCGUUUUUAAACAACGAAUCGGAGUUUGUCUAGAGAGGCUAAUUAGGUCUGAUAAUCGCAUACUUGCCAUCAUCGGUUUUCCGUCACUAAAAAUCUUAGG